GGCCGGGCCGGCAUCCCCGCGGCGCCCCUCCGCUAGUGGAGCGGACCAAGCCAAUUCUCCUUUGCAGCAAAGAAAAAAAAAAAGGAAAAAAAAAAAAAAAAGAAAAUUCCAUGUAUAUAUUAUUGAGAUAAUAUAUACAUCUGAUUUUAUUUUUUUAAAAAGUUUAUUUUGCUCCAUUUUUGAAAAAGAGGGAGCGUGGGUGGCGAGCGGUUUUUAUAAAUUAUCCGUAUUUUCUGUUAUUUGUCCCCGGCGCUCCCCACCCCCUGCCGGAGCGAGAAUAAGGGCAGGGACCGCGUCUUCUGCGUGCUCGGGAACCCCCUUCCCUGUGCGUCCCCAGCCCGGGCGCCCAGCACAGUGCCCUGCACACAGUAGGCGCUCAAUCAAUGUUCGUGGAUGAUGAUGAUGAUGAUGAUGAAGAAAAUGCAGCAUCAACGGCAGCAGCAAGCGGACCACGCGAACGAGGCAAACUAUGCAAGAGGCACCAGACUCCCUCUUUCUGGGGAAGGACCAACUUCUCAGCCGAACAGCUCCAAGCAAACUGUCCUGUCUUGGCAGGCUGCUAUCGACGCUGCUCGACAGGCCAAGGCUGCCCAAACCAUGAGCACCUCUGCACCCCCACCUGUAGGAUCUCUCUCCCAAAGAAAACGUCAGCAAUACGCCAAGAGCAAAAAACAGGGGAGCUCGUCCAACAGCCGGCCCGCCCGCGCCCUUUUCUGUCUGUCACUCAAUAACCCCAUCCGGAGAGCCUGCAUUAGUAUAGUGGAAUGGAAACCAUUUGACAUAUUUAUAUUAUUGGCUAUUUUUGCCAAUUGUGUGGCCUUAGCUAUUUACAUCCCAUUCCCUGAAGAUGAUUCUAAUUCAACAAAUCAUAACUUGGAAAAAGUAGAAUAUGCCUUCCUGAUUAUUUUUACAGUCGAGACAUUUUUGAAGAUUAUAGCGUAUGGAUUACUGCUGCAUCCUAAUGCUUACGUUAGGAACGGAUGGAAUUUACUGGAUUUUGUUAUAGUAAUAGUAGGGUUGUUCAGUGUAAUUCUGGAACAAUUAACCAAAGAAACAGAAGGCGGGAGCCACUCCAGCGGCAAGUCAGGGGGCUUUGAUGUCAAAGCGCUCCGUGCCUUUCGAGUGCUACGACCUCUCCGACUCGUGUCAGGAGUGCCCAGUUUACAAGUUGUCCUGAACUCCAUUAUAAAAGCCAUGGUUCCCCUCCUCCACAUAGCCCUUUUGGUAUUAUUUGUAAUCAUAAUCUAUGCUAUUAUAGGAUUGGAACUUUUUAUUGGGAAAAUGCACAAAACAUGUUUUUUUGCUGACUCAGACAUCGUAGCUGAAGAGGACCCAGCUCCGUGUGCGUUCUCAGGGAACGGACGCCAGUGUACCGCCAAUGGCACGGAAUGUAGGAGCGGCUGGGUCGGCCCCAAUGGGGGCAUCACCAACUUUGAUAACUUUGCCUUUGCAAUGCUCACCGUGUUCCAGUGCAUCACCAUGGAGGGCUGGACGGAUGUGCUCUAUUGGGUAAAUGAUGCGAUAGGAUGGGAAUGGCCAUGGGUGUAUUUUGUUAGUCUCAUCAUCCUUGGCUCAUUUUUCGUGCUUAACCUGGUUCUUGGUGUCCUUAGUGGAGAAUUCUCCAAGGAAAGAGAGAAGGCGAAAGCUCGGGGAGAUUUCCAGAAGCUUCGAGAGAAGCAGCAGCUAGAGGAGGACCUCAAGGGCUACUUGGAUUGGAUCACCCAGGCUGAAGACAUCGAUCCCGAGAACGAGGAGGAAGGAGGAGAGGAAGGCAAACGAAACACCAGCAUGCCCACCAGCGAGACCGAGUCUGUGAACACGGAGAACGUCAGUGGCGAAGGCGAGACGCAGGGCUGCUGUGGGAGUCUCUGGUGCUGGUGGAGAAGAAGAGGCGCAGCCACGGCGGGGCCCUCGGGGUGUCGGCGGUGGGGUCAAGCCAUCUCAAAGUCCAAACUCAGCCGGCGCUGGCGUCGCUGGAAUCGCUUCAGCCGCAGGAGGUGCCGGGCCGCCGUGAAGUCUGUCACGUUUUACUGGCUGGUGAUCGUCCUGGUGUUUCUCAACACCCUAACCAUCUCCUCCGAGCACUACAAUCAGCCGGACUGGUUGACGCAGAUUCAAGACAUCGCUAACAAGGUCCUUCUGGCCCUGUUCACCUGUGAGAUGCUGGUGAAGAUGUACAGCCUGGGUCUGCAGGCGUAUUUCGUGUCUCUCUUCAACCGAUUUGAUUGCUUUGUGGUGUGCGGUGGGAUUACGGAGACCAUCUUAGUGGAGCUGGAGAUCAUGUCGCCCCUGGGCAUCUCUGUGUUCCGGUGUGUGCGCCUUUUACGAAUCUUCAAGGUGACCAGGCACUGGACUUCUCUGAGCAACCUAGUGGCGUCCUUGUUGAACUCCAUGAAGUCCAUCGCUUCGCUGCUGCUUCUGCUCUUCCUCUUCAUCAUCAUCUUUUCCCUGCUCGGGAUGCAGCUGUUCGGCGGCAAGUUUAACUUUGACGAGACGCAGACCAAGCGGAGCACCUUCGACAACUUCCCCCAGGCGCUCCUGACGGUGUUCCAGAUUCUGACAGGGGAAGACUGGAACGCCGUGAUGUACGACGGCAUCAUGGCGUACGGCGGCCCGUCCUCCUCGGGAAUGAUCGUGUGCAUCUACUUCAUCAUCCUCUUCAUCUGUGGCAACUAUAUUCUACUGAACGUCUUCUUGGCCAUCGCUGUAGACAAUCUGGCUGAUGCUGAAAGUCUGAACACUGCUCAGAAGGAAGAAGCCGAGGAGAAAGAAAGGAAAAAGAUUGCCAGGAAAGAGAGCCUAGAAAAUAAAAAGAACAGCAAACCAGAAGUCAACCAGAUAGCCAACAGCGAAAACAAGGUUACCAUUGAUGACUAUCGAGAGGAGGAUGAAGACAAGGACCCCUAUCCACCUUGUGAUGUGCCAGUAGGUGAAGAGGAAGAGGAGGAGGAAGAGGAUGAGCCUGAGGUUCCUGCUGGUCCCCGUCCUCGCAGAAUCUCGGAGUUGAACAUGAAGGAGAAGAUUGCCCCCAUCCCCGAAGGGAGUGCUUUCUUCAUUCUUAGCAAGACCAACCCGGUCCGUGUGGGCUGUCACAAACUCAUCAACCACCACAUCUUCACCAACCUCAUCCUGGUUUUCAUCAUGCUGAGCAGCGCCGCCCUGGCCGCCGAGGACCCCAUCCGCAGCCACUCCUUCCGGAACACGAUACUGGGUUACUUUGACUAUGCUUUCACAGCCAUCUUUACUGUCGAAAUCCUCUUGAAGAUGACAACGUUUGGAGCUUUCCUGCACAAAGGAGCCUUCUGCAGGAACUACUUCAACCUGCUGGACAUGCUGGUCGUUGGCGUGUCUCUGGUGUCGUUUGGGAUCCAAUCCAGUGCCAUCUCCGUUGUGAAGAUUCUAAGGGUCUUAAGGGUCCUGAGGCCGCUCAGGGCCAUCAACAGAGCGAAAGGACUUAAGCACGUCGUCCAGUGUGUCUUCGUGGCCAUCCGGACGAUCGGCAACAUCAUGAUCGUCACCACCCUCCUCCAGUUCAUGUUUGCCUGCAUUGGGGUCCAGUUGUUCAAGGGGAAGUUCUAUCGCUGCACGGAUGAAGCCAAAAGUAACCCUGAGGAAUGUAGGGGCCUUUUCAUCCUCUACAAGGACGGGGAUGUCGAUAGCCCCGUGGUGCGGGAGAGGAUCUGGCAAAACAGCGACUUCAACUUUGACAACGUCCUGUCUGCUAUGAUGGCGCUCUUCACGGUCUCCACGUUUGAGGGCUGGCCUGCGUUGCUGUACAAAGCCAUCGACUCCAACGGAGAGAACGUGGGCCCUGUCUACAACCACCGCGUGGAGAUCUCCAUCUUCUUCAUCAUCUACAUCAUCAUCGUCGCUUUCUUCAUGAUGAACAUCUUUGUGGGCUUUGUCAUCGUGACAUUUCAGGAGCAGGGAGAAAAAGAGUAUAAGAACUGUGAGCUGGACAAAAAUCAGCGUCAGUGCGUUGAGUACGCCUUGAAAGCACGUCCCCUGCGGAGAUACAUCCCCAAAAACCCCUACCAGUACAAGUUCUGGUACGUGGUGAACUCCUCGCCUUUCGAAUACAUGAUGUUUGUCCUCAUCAUGCUCAACACACUCUGCUUGGCCAUGCAGCACUACGAGCAGUCCAAAAUGUUCAACGACGCCAUGGACAUCCUGAACAUGGUCUUCACCGGGGUGUUCACCGUCGAGAUGGUUCUGAAAGUCAUCGCGUUUAAGCCCAAGGGCUAUUUUAGUGACGCGUGGAACACGUUUGACUCCCUCAUCGUAAUCGGCAGCAUCAUAGACGUGGCGCUCAGCGAAGCGGACCCAACUGAAAGUGAGAAUGCCCCUGUCCCAGCCGCUACGCCUGGGAACUCUGAAGAGAGCAAUAGAAUCUCCAUCACCUUUUUCCGUCUUUUCCGAGUGAUGCGCCUGGUGAAGCUUCUCAGCAGGGGAGAAGGCAUCCGGACACUGCUGUGGACUUUCAUUAAGUCCUUUCAGGCACUUCCAUAUGUCGCCCUCCUCAUUGCCAUGCUGUUCUUCAUCUACGCGGUCAUUGGCAUGCAGAUGUUUGGGAAAGUUGCCAUGCGUGAUAACAACCAGAUCAACAGAAACAACAACUUCCAGACCUUUCCCCAGGCGGUGCUGCUGCUCUUCAGGUGUGCAACGGGGGAGGCCUGGCAGGAGAUCAUGCUGGCCUGCCUCCCGGGGAAGCUCUGCGACCCCGAGUCGGAUUACAGCCCCGGGGAAGAGUACACGUGCGGCAGCAACUUCGCCAUCGUCUACUUCGUCAGCUUUUACAUGCUCUGUGCGUUCCUGAUCAUUAAUCUGUUCGUGGCUGUCAUCAUGGACAAUUUUGACUACCUGACCCGAGACUGGUCCAUUCUGGGGCCUCACCAUUUAGACGAAUUCAAAAGAAUAUGGUCCGAAUAUGACCCGGAGGCCAAGGGAAGGAUAAAGCACCUGGACGUGGUUACCCUGCUGCGCCGCAUCCAGCCUCCCCUGGGGUUCGGGAAGCUGUGCCCGCACCGGGUGGCUUGUAAGAGGCUGGUGGCCAUGAACAUGCCUCUCAACAGCGAUGGUACAGUCAUGUUCAACGCAACCUUGUUUGCUCUGGUCCGAACAGCUCUUAAGAUCAAGACCGAAGGGAACCUGGAGCAAGCCAAUGAAGAACUUCGAGCUGUGAUCAAGAAAAUCUGGAAGAAAACCAGCAUGAAACUGCUUGACCAAGUUGUCCCUCCAGCCGGUGAUGAUGAGGUAACCGUGGGGAAGUUCUAUGCCACUUUCCUGAUACAGGACUACUUUAGGAAAUUCAAGAAACGGAAAGAACAAGGCCUGGUGGGAAAGCACCCUGCGAAGAACACCACAAUCGCCCUGCAGGCGGGACUAAGGACACUGCACGACAUUGGGCCGGAAAUCCGCCGUGCUAUAUCGUGUGACCUGCAGGACGACGAGCCCGAGGAAGCAAAGCGGGAGGAAGAAGAUAUGUUCAAAAGAAAUGGUGCCCUGCUUGGAAACCAUGUCAAUCAUGUUAAUAGUGAUAGGAGAGAGUCCCUUCAACAGACCAAUACCACCCACCGUCCCCUGCAUGUCCAAAGGCCUUCAGUUCCACCUGCAAGGGAUACUGAGAAACCGCUGUUUCCUCCAGCAGGAAAUUCGGUGUGUCAUAACCAUCAUAACCAUAGUUCCAUAGGAAAGCAACUUCCCACCUCAACAAAUGCCAAUCUCAAUAAUGCCAAUAUGUCCAAAGCUGCCCAUGGAAAGCGGCCCAGCCUUGGGAACCUUGAGCUUGUGUCUGAAAACGGGCACCAUUCCUCCCACAAGCAUGACCGGGAGCCUCCGAGAAGGUGCAGUGUUAAAAGAACCCGCUACUAUGAAACUUACAUUAGGUCCGACUCGGGAGACGAGCAGCUCCCGACUAUUUGCCGGGAAGACCUGGAGAUAGACGGCUACUUCAGGGACCCCCGCUGCCCAGGGGAGCAGGAGUAUUUCAGCAGUGAGGAGUGCUACGAGGAGGACAGCUCACCGACGGGGAGCAGGCACAGCUGUGGCUACUACAGCAGAUACGCCGGCAGCACCUUGGACCUGGAGAGGCCCCGCGGCUACCAUCACUCCCAGGGCUUCCUGGACGACGAGGACUCGGCUGUCUGCUACGAUUCCCGGAGGUCUCCGAGGAGACGCCUGCUACCUCCCACCCCGACAGCCCACCGCAGAUCCUCCUUCAACUUCGAGUGCCUGCGCCGGCAGAGCAGCCAGGAGGAGGUCCCCCUGUCGCCCGCCCUCCCCCACCGCACAGCCCUGCCUCUGCACCUGAUGCAGCAACAGAUCAUGGCAGUCGCGGGCCUAGAUCCGAGCAGAGCCCAGUACUCACCGAGUCACUCGACCCGGUCGUGGGCCACCCCUCCAGCGACCCCUCCGUACCAGGACUGGACGCCGUGCUACACCCCUCUGAUCCAGGUAGAGCGGUCCGAGUCCUUGGAACAGGUCAACGGCAGCCUGCCGUCCCUGCACCGCAGCUCCUGGUACACGGAUGAGCCCGACAUCGCCUACCGGACUUUCACGCCGGCCAGCCUGACCGUCCCCUGCAGCUUCCGGAACAAAGACAGCGACAAGCAGAGGAGCGCCGACAGCUUGGUGGAAGCGGUCCUGAUAUCUGAGGGCUUGGGACGAUACGCGAGGGACCCAAAGUUCGUGUCGGCGACAAAAUACGAAAUCGCCGAUGCCUGUGACCUGACCAUCGACGAGAUGGAGAGCGCGGCCAGCACCCUGCUCUGUGGGAACGCGUGUCCCCGCGCCAACGGGGACCUGGGCCCCGUCCCCCAGCGGCAGGGCUACGAGCUCCAGGACUUCGGCCCCGGCUACAGCGACGAGGAGCCGGACCCCGGGCGCGAGGAGGAGGACCUGGCGGAUGAGAUGAUCUGCAUCACCACGUUGUAGCCCCCGCCACCCCGGUCGGUCGGGCAGACGGGCUCUGGCCUCAGCAAUACCCAUGGGUCCUAACAACUGCUGUUCCCCACCGACACCUAGGAAAUGACUGCUGUUUUUACUUGGGCUACACGGAAGUCGAAGAAGUAAGAGCCAACUCCCAUCUGUUCGGUGAAAAUUCCUUGGAUAUAAAAUUCUGAGUUCAAGGGAACUUGACGCCACAGAAAUUUUUCUAAACUAUUUUGCGUCACUGUAAACCUGUCUGGAUACGAGACUCUCACCAGCUGCUGACUCGCCACCUGUCCUUUGGGCAGAGGCCCCCUGUGGCCCACUGCGUUGUGCUCCGGUCUGCCCCGAUGGGAUGCGGUGCGCCUCUGGUGCGGGAGGAACCGCGCAGGCAAGUGGGGUCGGGGCGGGCACGGGGUCUGUGCGGACCCCAAGGCUGCUGGGCCGCGCGUGCUCUCUGAGGGCUUUGAAGUGCAACUGGGCCAGGGCUCCCGCGCUGCUCCGUCCAGACGAAAGGCCGCCUCCUGCCCGGGUUACCGCGGCAGGCACGCCACUGCUAUCGCAGGCUCUUGGUUCCAAAUUUUUAAAUAGGACGCAGACAACGGAACUUUUUGUUGGUGGUGGGUUUUUUUUGUUUGUUUGUUUGUUUGUUUUUUUUUUUUGUAAAUAA